AACGGCUGAGCUUCAGCUAAAUCCUGGGAACCACAUUCUACUUUCAGUUUUGUUUCAAACUGACUUCCUUUACGGUUUCUGUCUUCGCUUGGCCUCUGAGGCAUGUUCCUCAAAUACUUUCUGAAAAACAAAAUCUAAAAGAAGAACACAUGAAAGUUUACUUUGAAAAAUGUCUCCUCUGAAAUACUGGAUGACCGUCAUCUGCACUUUGUUCAUCGCCAUCGGAGCUGCUUCUGGUCAAGAAGUGAAAAACGUUUUUGUUGAAGUCGGUGGUAGAGUGUCUUUUCAGCCGACCAGCAUAAAUCCUUAUGUCAGCAGCAUUUUAUGGAAACAAAGAGACGGUGAAUCUGUUGUAAAAGCGAUUGAAUGGGAUGCUGAAGAUGGCGUUUUCAUCCCGAAUAAGAAUUUCAAUAACAUCACAACUCUUAAUAAGGAGACUGGACAAAUCACUAUAACUAAUUUAACUGUUGAACGUAGUGGACUUUACACCAUCGAUAUCAACCAUAAAGAGGAGGAACAAAGAUUCAAAUUGGAAGUUUUGCCACUGCUCCCCAAACCUGUGAUAAAACUAGAGAAGAUUAAAGUUAACCCUGAUGCGGUGUAUUUAAUAUGCGAGUACAGUGAAACGAUCAUCUGGAAGAAUUCUACUGGAGGCACACUGAAGGGUUCACCCCACAGUCCAAAAGGAGAACUUAUCACAGUUGAAAAACAAGGAAAUCCAGAUGUCUUCUACACAUGCACACUCGAGAAUGCCUUGAGAAAUAGCACCAGUGAUCCGGUCUAUGAGAGAGAUCUGUUUAAAGAGAGUGGACUUUGGUGGACAGCUUUCAUCAUCAUCCCAAUCUUGAUACUGGUCCUCUUUGUUCUCCUCUAUAAGGUCUGGUCAAGGUUUCAUAGAAAGAAGUAUAAUGUAACGUCCAAAGAGGGGUUUCUCCUGAAGUUCACCAUCAUCUCCAAUGUGUUAAGCGUGCUGAGCUCCAGAUUGUUGAGACUGCACCAGACAGCCAGCUCUUUAACCUGAAGAGGCAAACUGGGCAAACUGAAGAGGAUCCAGUAAGAGUCCAGUAAUGUCCUUCAGGUGGGCCAGCUACCUUCAUCCACCAGCAAUGUGGAGAAUCAACAACUGGCAGACAAUCUGAAAGAGUUUUACUGCAGGUUUGAAAAAAACACUCAACACGCCCUGAACACCUCUCCUCACCACCACUCACACCAUUCACACCUCCUGCAACCCUCCUCUCCCCCACAUCUGACAUUCAGGUGACAUUAAGGUGAGGUGUGCCAGGUCUUCCAGAAGCAGAAAGGCUUGAUCAGGCUUGAUCUCAGAUGUGGCACGUCACUGCACACUACGAAGCCGCAAGGCAGGACAUUGACCUGGUUGACCUCAGCAUAACGCUGAAGAAUAAGUGUUUCCUUCCACCAGUUAUUUUCAUACUUGAUUUAUGUUGCCAAAUCAUAUGUGAGUUCUACAGAAUCAAGGUGAAGUUUUUGACGAAGGCUUGGAACACAGGAGGUUGUUUUCCAAACGAGGAAAGAGGCAAGUCUGGAAAAGUGCAGGUGCAUGAGGGUGUUUUGUAAUUUCUAAAGAUGUGGCAGGAGGACAUUGAUAGGACAGCAAACACCCACGUGGUCCUAGUCCAAAACUGGAUUCACUGAGAGACAUGCUUGUAAUUCUGGUAAGAAUUAAUGGCUUGGGUGUAAUCAGAAGUCACAGAGGGAUCUGGCAGUGGCCCUACAAAAUAAGACUGAAUGCAAACACUGAAUUAGAAACAAAUGCAAUAAUAAUGAUACAUUCAGUGCAGCUACUGAGAAUAUAUUUAAUACAUAUAAGGAUAUCUUUUGGAUUACACCAAAAUAAACUUUCCUUCCAGUCUGCAUCAUACCUGCGUGAGCUCUGUAAAGGCUGGAUGAAAUGCCAUCUCUUUGUGUUGACAGAUAACUUUGGUGCAAUAACAAUGAGUUGUAAUGUUUACUAAAGAAGUCACUUUUGCUCAUCAAGGCUGCAUUUAUUUGAUCAUCUUGCAAAAUGUUAUUAGAAGAUAAAAUAAUGGUUUCUUUUUUAAUAUCCUUAAAAAUAUAAUUUAUUUCUGUGAUGCAAAGCAGAAUUUACAUCCUCUAUUACAAAACUCCUACAGGAUAGUGACGUUUCCCUGUUUACAUUAAGAAUGCAACACCCAGAGAGGAACCAAUCUGCCUUCCCAGGUAAUUAGCAGCCAGAACCUGGAGUGAGGAGAAGAGAGACUCACAGCGGGAAAGAAAAAACAAAACAAAACACAUAGGCACAUAUCACAGCGUGAAAUAAUAAGUCCAUGGGACAUAACAUAUUAGAAUGAUCAAUGUUAGCAACAGUUGUUCUGCCAUAUUUUAUUUUUAUUUUUAUUUUUAAUGAAAAUUGCAAUACUUUUUU